AGCUGGUUACUGUGUGCCUCGAGGCGUUCCGUGGCGUGCCUGUGUGUGGUAUUGGGACUGACAUAGAAAAGCGGAGAAUCGGAAUGUUCCAGGGACUGCACAGGACUGAGUCCAUAUGGAAGAAGAACUUCCCCUUUUCUAUGGAGAAAGUGGCCAGAAGGAAACAAUAAAAAGCAGACUUCUUAGAAAAUAAGAUUCCUUCAUGAUAAGAAGCCAGUACUGGCUACUCUCUCGUCAUUGAAGAUGUUAGAUGUGGGAAAGUGGCCAAUUUUUUCUCUUUGUUCUGAGGAAGAACUGCAGUUAAUUCGUCAGGCUUGUGUCUUUGGCAGUGCUGGAAAUGAGGCUUUAUAUACCACAAUAAAUGAUGAGAUUUUUGUGCUUGGCACAAACUGCAGUGGCUGUCUGGGUUUAGGUAACAUCCAGAACACCAUUGAACCUCGGAGACUGGAUUCCUUAAGUGGCAAGAAGAUUGCCUGCCUCAGCUAUGGAAGUGGCCCACACGUCAUCCUGGCAACAACAGAAGGAGAAGUCUUUACUUGGGGUCACAAUGCUUAUAGCCAGUUGGGCAAUGGAACAACGAAUCAUGGUUUAGUACCCUGUCAUAUUUCUACUAACUUGUCAAACAAGCAGGUGAUUGAAGUUGCCUGUGGGUCUUACCAUUCUUUGGUCCUAACUUCUGAUGGAGAGGUGUUUGCCUGGGGUUAUAAUAACUCUGGGCAGGUAGGCUCUGGGUCAACAGUGAAUCAGCCCAUCCCUCGAAGAGUCACUGGUUACUUGCAGAACAAAGUUGUGGUGAACAUAGCGUGUGGACAGAUGUGUUCAAUGGCUGUCGCAGACACUGGGGAGGUCUAUGUCUGGGGGUACAGUGGGAACGGACAGCUGGGACUGGGAAGCACUGGCAACCAGCCAACCCCUUGUCGAGUGGCUGCACUGCAGGGCAUUCAUGUUCAGCGGGUUGCCUGUGGCUACGCACACACAUUAGUAUUAACAGAUGAAGGUCAAGUGUAUGCUUGGGGUGCAAAUUCUUAUGGCCAGUUGGGCACUGGCAAUAAAAGUAACCAGUCCUAUCCUACCCCUGUCGUUGUGGAGAAGGACAGGGUCAUAGAGAUUGCAGCCUGUCACUCCACUCACACGUCUGCAGCCAAGACCCAGGGUGGGCACGUGUACAUGUGGGGCCAGUGCCGGGGCCAGUCCGUCAUCCUCCCUCACCUCACCCACUUCUCCUGCACAGACGACGUGUUUGCGUGCUUCGCCACCCCGGCUGUCACUUGGCGCCUCCUCUCUGUGGAACCUGAUGAUCACCUCACAGUUGCUGAGUCACUGAGGAGAGAAUUUGACAACCCAGACACUGCAGACCUCAAGUUUCUGGUUGAUGGAAAAUACAUUUAUACACACAAAGUCCUUCUCAAAAUUAGGUGUGAGCAUUUUCGUUCUUCCUUGGAAGACAACGAGGAUGAUAUUGUAGAAAUGAGUGAAUUUUCCUAUCCUGUGUACCGAGCCUUCCUGGAGUACUUAUAUACAGACAGCAUCAGCCUUCCUCCCGAGGAGGCAGUAGGAUCUGGAAGAAUUCUGCUUCAGGUUUUGCAUAAACCAUCUGACUGUAGUAACACAGACUUCAGGUUUUGCAGAAAUGGAUCAUGAUCUCCUGAAGAACUUCAUCAGCAAAGCUAGCAGAGUUGGAGCCUUUAAAAAUUAAUUCCCACCUACAAGAAAGAAGUUUUUUGAGCAUUUCCUUUCUCCCCUUCAAAUAAAAAAGAAAAAAAAAGAAAAAACAGUUCUUAAUGGACAGCAUUUAUGAUGAGCUACAACCAGAUGAAUUCUUGUGUCAUCAGGAUGGUAAUCUUCUCCAUCUACCUAAAUCUGAAGUUUACAUAGAGAGCAUCCAGUGCCCUGGUCAGAUGUGAUUAUACACAGGAAAAAAGGAAAAUGUCUUAUAUAUUUACCAUUUCUUCUUUUGAGUCACUUAAAUUGGAUACAUUUGGUGAAUUCGUACUUACAGUAUCUUGGCCAUAUGUUCCAUUAUUCAGCUGCUUAAAGGGUAGCUAGACAAGGAAUGCUGUCAUUAUCCCAUUUCAGCCAGCAUACCAUGCGUGGGGUAUGGUAACCACUCAGUUAAUUAUAAAUCUGCGGAAGGCUAAAUGAAGGAGUUAUACAAAAUAAAUUCUAAAACAGUCUUAAUUAUUGAGGCUUAUAUUCUGGAGCAUCAUUCUGAGGAGUAGUGACUAAUUUAGAGCAAUAAUUGGAAUUCAAAAAGGCCUAAGGGCUAAUUUUAAUUUUCUGUUUACUCUGAGUCAUUUAUUUCUCCCAUGGGAUUACUGAAUAUGAAAGUAUUAUCUUCGAAUGAAUGUUACUUCUGGUCUCAUCCACCUUACAUAAUUGCAUAAAAUCCUUCAUUUUUUUCUUUGUGUUAAAGGGGUUCCACCUCUGUAAGUACAAAUGAGUUUUUUCUUAUUCUUUUUUUUUUUUUUUGGUCCGGUUGUGGGGCCUGAACUCUGGG